CGCUCAACCUCGACGACCAUGCGCUCCUCGAUCUUCCUCUCUGCGCUCGCCGCCCUCGCCCCUCUCGUCACACGCGCCGCACCUGUCGCCGUGGACGAGCUCGACGUCGUGACGGCCCUCGAGACCUCCCAGGCGGAAGACGUCGCAGGGGCUCUCGAGCGGCGUGCGGUCAGCUGCUCGAAGACGUCGCAGUGCAAGCAGACGAUCCCGGCGAAUGCGCAGCGGGUGUGCUUGAGCAGCAAGAAGUGCUCGUGGACUUGCAAGAGCGGCUACACCAAGUCGGGCACCAAGUGCGUCAAGAAGGCCGUCGCGAGCGCCGCCAACUACCAGCUUUCGACCAAGUCGGACGUCGUCUCGUCCAGCGGCGUCAAGAGCUUCACGGGGACCAACACGGGCGCCAUCGUGUCGUGGUACCACACCAACUCGGCGACCGACUCGACCAACGGGCACAGCUGGUGCUUGUAUCCUUACGACGACAAUGUCCCGGGCUUUGCGGUGUCGCUCAACACGAUGCUCGCCGACUUUAACGGCGACGAGAACGCGGCCCGUGCGGCGUACUGCGGCCUCGGCGCCACUUUCACGACCUCGAACGGCGUCUCGCAGACGCUCUACAUCGCCGACGCCUUCGACGACCAGUACGUGCGCACGUCGACGAGCGCCGACGUGAUUUACAACGCCUUCACCAAGCUCAACGGCGGCCAGCAGACGAACGACAAGAACGUCGUCCUGUCGAACGUCUCGUGGCGCUUCACCGGCUCGCGCAACUCUCGCUACGCCGUCAACGGCGCCGGCUCUGGCUGAGCGGCCGUUCUCUCUUUUCCUCUCUGUACUUCCUCCUUGAUGCUGCGGCUGGUCCGUGAACGCAAAACGUUUGAUCCUA